GGAGGAGCCGAGGGGAUUCGGAGUAAGCUCGGCCGCCGGGUGGGUCGGGGCGUUAGGCGCGCCCUUCAUUGAAGCGGCGGUGGCCGGGUUGGGCGCUGUGAGUGAGAAACGACGGCGCGGCUGGAAAAUGCCAGUCCAUUCUCGAGGGGACAAGAAGGAGACGAACCAUCACGAUGAGAUGGAGGUGGACUACGCCGAAAACGAGGGGAGCAGCUCCGAGGACGAGGACACUGAGAGCUCGUCUGUUUCCGAGGAUGGAGAUAGCUCAGAAAUGGAUGAUGAAGACUGCGAGAGAAGAAGAAUGGAAUGUUUAGAUGAAAUGUCUAAUCUUGAAAAACAGUUUACCGAUCUCAAAGAUCAACUUUAUAAAGAACGAUUAAGUCAGGUGGAUGCAAAACUACAAGAAGUCAUAGCUGGAAAAGCACCAGAAUAUUUGGAACCACUGGCAACUUUACAAGAAAAUAUGCAAAUUCGUACAAAGGUAGCAGGAAUCUAUAGAGAGCUCUGCUUAGAAUCUGUAAAGAACAAAUAUGAAUGUGAAAUACAAGCUUCUCGCCAACAUUGUGAGAGUGAAAAACUUUUGUUAUAUGAUACAGUCCAGAGUGAACUAGAGGAAAAGAUAAGAAGGCUUGAAGAGGAUAGGCACAGCAUUGAUAUUACCUCAGAGCUGUGGAAUGAUGAACUUCAGUCAAGAAAAAAGAGAAAGGAUCCUUUUAGCCCUGACAAAAAGAAGCCAGUUGUUGUUUCUGGUCCAUAUAUAGUUUAUAUGUUACAAGAUCUUGAUAUUCUUGAAGACUGGACAACAAUUAGGAAGGCGAUGGCUACAUUGGGUCCACACAGAGUUAAAACAGAACCACCUGUGAAACUGGAAAAACAUUUGCACAGUGCUAGAUCUGAAGAGGGAAGAUUAUAUUACGAUGGUGAAUGGUAUAUACGUGGACAAACAAUAUGUAUUGAUAAAAAAGAUGAAUGUCCUACAAGUGCUGUAAUUACAACAAUUAACCAUGAUGAAGUUUGGUUUAAGAGGCCUGAUGGAAGCAAAUCUAAGCUUUACAUUUCGCAGCUACAGAAAGGAAAAUAUUCAAUUAAACAUUCGUAAUCAUGAUUUAAGUGUUAUCUAAAUCUACCUUAUUAGUAUUACCAAGUAUGAUGUGCCAUGGGAGUAAAAAUCUAUUCAAUAACUUAAUAUUCUCAUUGAAUCAUGAGAAGACUGUGUAUUUGCAGGUAGUACUCUAAGUAGACCUCAUCCUGAUAUGUUAUUAAGAGAUGGUAAUAAAAGUUUAAUCAUGAUCAUCCAUUUAUUUGCCUAUCAGGUCAAAUGACCCAUAGAUAUAUAUGUUUAGGGGUUUCUUACAAAACUCUUUGGUUUUUACAAACAUUAUGCAAAUCUGUUUUAUCUUUAGUGAACUAUAUUGCUAAAUGUCUAUGUAUACCUGCAGUUUUUAAAAUUUUCCAUAUCUUUGUCAUUCAUCGUGUAUUUGUAAAUAAGCUUGAUAAAAUGUUUCCUAGAAAUGGUUUGUACUAGUUCAUUAGUGUUAAAUCAGAAUUGAAAUUUAAGCAUAUAUAUGUGAGUAUGUAUAUACGGCUUCAUCAGCUUAUUUAGAACUGAUGGCCUUACUUUACAAUCUUGUUUUACCCAAAAUUAAGCUGUUGGGUUUGAAAGCUAAAAGGAGCACUUUUAUAGACUAGCAGCUUUUCUUCUCCUCUUCCUUGAUUGUAUGAUGGUGACCUAUUUUUACAAAUUAUACUUAAUGUUAAUUAGUAAAAUCAGUGUCAAGUAAUCACAUGCUUCUACCUGUAUUUCUUGUGAACCUUAGAGGGCAGGUAUUUAUGCCUGGUAUUUAUGAUACAGUAUCUAAGUGGUAAGCAGUAACUGACAGUAUUGUGGUGCUUGCUGUACAUGUUUGACCUUUUAAAACCGAUUUUUAGUAAGCUUUUCCAGAGGUGAAACUAGGUUCUUACCCUAAUUUUAUUCCCAGGGCAAAAUAGACAGGGAUAAUUUUCUUGAAUUUAUCCCUAUGUUAAUAUUUUUACCUUUGGUGUUUCUACACUUUAAGGCUAUUUGGUGCAAUUUAGGAAGUAUUGGCCUCUCUUCCCUUUACCACAUUCAAAAUUAGCUUCUAAAACCUCAGGAACAGUACAAAGAAUCGUAACCCUUAAUAUGGCAGCAUAAUUGGCUGUUGUAUAUAUUAGGGUACAACCAAAUCAAGUAUUCCUGGUGGUCUUGUGCACUUUAAUUUCUGUUGUAAUGAGAAUUAAGCAGAUGAGAAAGAGACCCACUUAUUAAUACAGAGCAGGACUCCCUGCAUUAUUCCUUAUUCUCUUACUAUUUUACCUCUGCAGACAUCCUUCCUGUGCAGAUCACUACUUCACAGUUGCCAAAUGUUAAAAUUUUUGACUUCUGAAAUUUGUUAUCAGCAGUUAUGUACUUUGUUCUGAUUCUGAUUAACUUUAGCAAAUUACACAAUGCCAUAAUCUGAUAGUAUUUGUCAGUACUUAUGUAUACAAUGUUUCAUAAGCAUUUUAAUAAGAUUUGUAUUUUUAAAUUUAGUAUAUAAAUAAAAAGAUGUGUUUGGGUGU